AUGAUGGCAAGGAGAGGAGGGAAAACUAAAGUGUCUGGAUCAAGGAACAAAACACUAAAUAAAACACCUAAUGACAAGAAACAUAAGAGUAAAGCAAAGGAGGAUGUGUCCCUAACCUGUGAUGAGGAUUUUGUUGAUCUUUUUACCCAUGCACCUAAUGGUAAGCAAGGUAUGAGUCAAGCAAAAGAGGAUGUUCAGGAACAAGAACAUGAUGACAAUGAGGUGAAUGUGAGUGAAAGACUUACUUUACAGGAGUUGUUGAUGUCUGGAUAUACACAUGUUGAUGCAGUGGUUGCUAUGAAAGAGUUUUAUGGAGAGGUUGAGGAACAACAGAUUGAAGAAAAAGAGGCUGAGGAAGGAAUUGAAGAGGUUGAAGAAAACGAGGUUGAGGAAGAAGAAGUUGAAGAGAGAGAGAGAGAGGUUGAGGAACAACUGAUUGAAGAUGGAGAGGUUGAUGAAGGAGUUGAAGAGAGAGAGUUUGAAGAAGAAGAAGUUGAAGGCAUACAGAUUGAGGAAGAAGAAGUUGAAGGCAUAGUGGUUGAGGAAGAAGGAUUUGAAGAGAGUAAGGAGUUGUGUUUAAGGGUUCAAUGGGUAGAAUGGGUAUUAGUAAAUAAGUUACCCUUUUUGUAA